CAGGAAAAGGUUCGAAGGGCAUUUAGACCAGCCACCUCGCAGCGCCUGGCCGCUCCCUGCCCGGGAGACCUGCGCCCAGCCCAUUUUACAGGCGACGAUUUCAGGGGUAAAGAGAGCAAGAUUUUUCUCCUGGGCAAACCGCAGAUUCUUCCCCUUCCCCUAAAAAAAAUUUUUUUUUCGCAGCCCGCCUUGUCUUGCAGGCUGCUUGGCAAAGGAAACUUUCUUCCUCCCCAAUCUGGACUUUUUGCUUGUUUGUUUCGAAGUGUCUGGGGCCUUGUGUGCACGAGAGUGUUAUUUUAGGAAGAACCGAGGUUGGGAUCGACUCCUCUGGCCAUGCUUGCUGCUACCUGUAAUAAGAUCGGCAGCCCCAGCCCGUCUCCCUCCUCCCUCUCGGACAGUUCCUCUUCCUUUGGCAAAGGCUUCCACCCCUGGAAACGCUCCUCGUCCUCCUCCGGAAGCUGCAACGUAGUGGGUUCCAGUCUCUCAAGCUUCGGCGUGUCCGGGGCCUCCAGGAACGGCGGUUCGUCCUCGGCGGCGGCGGCGGCCGCGGCAGCAGCGGCGGCGGCGGCAGCCCUGGUGUCUGACUCGUUCAGCUGCGGCGGCUCGCCUGGCUCCAGCGCCUUCUCCCUCACCUCCAGCAGCGCGGCAGCCGCCGCCGCAGCUGCCGCGGCCGCCGCCUCCAGCUCACCCUUCGCCAACGACUACUCGGUGUUCCAGGCCCCCGGCGUAUCCGGGGGCAGUGGAGGCGGUGGCGGGGGCGGCGGUGGAGGCUCCUCGGCGCACUCCCAGGACAGCUCCCAUCAGCCGGUGUUCAUCUCCAAGGUACACACCUCGGUGGACGGGCUGCAGGGCAUUUAUCCGCGCGUGGGCAUGGCUCACCCAUACGAAUCGUGGUUCAAGCCCUCACACCCGGGCCUGGGUGCCGCGAGCGAGGUGGGCUCGGCCGGCGCCUCCAGCUGGUGGGACGUGGGUGCCGGCUGGAUCGACGUGCAGAACCCGAACGGCGCGGCGGCGCUGCCCGGUUCGCUGCACCCGGCCGCCGGGGGGCUCCAAAGCUCGCUGCACUCGCCGCUCGGAGGCUACAACUCGGAUUACUCGGGCCUGAGUCACUCGGCCUUCAGCAGCGGCGCCUCCUCGCACCUGCUCAGCCCCGCGGGGCAGCACCUCAUGGACGGCUUCAAACCGGUGCUGCCCGGCUCCUACCCGGACUCGGCCCCGUCGCCGCUGGCCGGCGCAGGGGGCUCCAUGCUGAGCGCCGGGCCGUCGGCCCCGCUUGGGGGCUCCCCGCGCUCCUCCGCCCGCCGCUACUCCGGCCGCGCCACCUGCGACUGCCCCAACUGCCAGGAAGCGGAGCGGCUGGGCCCGGCUGGGGCGAGCCUGAGACGCAAGGGCCUGCACAGCUGCCACAUCCCGGGCUGCGGCAAGGUGUACGGCAAGACGUCGCACCUCAAGGCGCACCUGCGCUGGCAUACGGGCGAGCGGCCCUUCGUGUGCAACUGGCUCUUCUGCGGCAAGCGCUUCACGCGCUCGGACGAGCUGCAGCGGCACCUGCGGACCCACACCGGCGAGAAGCGCUUCGCCUGCCCUGUCUGCAACAAGCGCUUCAUGCGCAGCGACCACCUCAGCAAGCACGUGAAGACGCACAGCGGCGGCGGCGGCGGCGGCUCGGCGGGCUCCGGCAGCGGCGGCAAGAAGGGCAGCGACACCGACAGCGAGCACAGCGCCGCGGGCAGCCCUCCCUGCCACUCUCCGGAGCUGCUACAGCCCCCAGAGCCCGGGCACCGCAACGGCCUGGAGUGACGCGCACCCGCGCCCGCCCCUCCCCGAGCUGCUCCCACCCGGGUCCGCUUGGGCCCUGUCUAUCCUCGCCUAGACUCCAGCCUCUGUUCCAUCCUACUCUCUUGCUCUCUUUCUGUCCCUGACCCCCUUCCCACCCCUGCGUGACUUAACGUUGUAAAGGGGAUAUGGACAUGUAAGUAACACGCUUCGCUGUCCUGGGCCCUGGCUUUCCUCUCCACGGUUAAAGAAUAUUCCGCCCUGGUGCAGCUCGAACCCGCCGCUGGCUCUCCAGGCCUUUAGUUCACGUCCCCGCCUCCUUGUCCUCCCUCGGCCACCCCCAGGUUGUGACGGAUGUAACUUUUAGAGCCGGGCGAAUCCAGUGCCUGGGAGACUGCAGGCCUCUAGCGGGCUGGAACGAUUCAGCUGAGCAAGCCUUGUGCAGGAGCCGUAGGGAGGGCGAGACAGGAGGCCGCCUAUUUGAUUCUAGAACCCUCCCGGGCGUCUGGGCACCACCGAACGCCGUCGGAGCUCGGUGGGGUGUUCAUCUGGCAGCAUCUGACACCCAAGUUUGCAGAGCAUAGUUCUCCCAACGUCAGCUCUGCCAGUUUUUCUUUGUUUCUUGAGGUGGAGCCAAUGGAAGUUUCAGCAAAGGGAAGUCUUGGCGAAUCUUUGCAGCAGCCUUCUUUCAUCUUUAUAACUUUUUUUGACCUCUUUAAAAAACUAAGGGGGAAAAAUAGCAACGUUCCACUUAGUUUCCCUUCUAGAUUUUCCUCUAGCGGUGAGCAAGUCUGUCUCUGCGAACUGUUCUAAUAUUGAUCCCAAAGUUAUUUUGACUGCAUUAACUUAACUUAUGGGGUGGGGGUGAGGGUAGGUGUCUUUUCUUAUGCAAAAAUACCCCUUUCCGGUGAGACCAGAUUAACUAUCUCCACGUUUGUCCUCUUCUACCUCGUUUUUUCACCACUCCCAAGCAUAAUCUCCCAAUCUUUUUUUGUUAGUCCAGCCGUCAAUUUGUAGUGUCCAUCUCUGUAAAUUCUUGGAAUUCAUUGAAGAUUUUAGGGUGAAGCUUUUUUUUUUUGUGAUUUAAACCUAUAAACAACUGAAGAAGCUAUCGUUUAUUUCCGACGAGGCUGUAGUUUAAAUGCCAAAAGAGGGAAAACAGAAAAAAAAAAAAAAACCUUUGUAAAAUAUAUCUGAACCUAAUGGUUUGUAUAAUUGGAGAAUCGUUCUAGAUUAGUUAACCAUUAAAUAUAACUCCACCAGUGUAAGGGUGUGAGGUACAGUUGUCCAGGAGACGAUUUUGUAUAGUAUUUUUCUUGUACAUUACUUCCAGUAAAUAUUUGGAAAUAUAUCGAAGUAAACUUGAUUUUUCUUUUUUUGUCACAAGAAAACAUUAAGAGUUAUUGUUGCAGUUCUAAUGAGCUGCAGGUUUUUUGAACUCACUUCUGGAGGUGCAGAGCCACAAACGCACUUUCGGGGCCUAGUUUUGCUCGAAUAUGAAUUUAGAUAGGUAUCAAACUGUAACUAAGACAAUAUUUGAUAAAUGUUGGAUGGCAUUUAAUUUAAUGGAGCAUGUACUUAUUUGCAUUUGCUGGCAGUUCAGGCAUAGUUAAAGUGAGAGUUCUUCUAUAUUUCAUAAUAACUGGGUCUGCCAAAACCCAUGUAUUAAAUAAAUUGUCCAAGUGAAACUCGACUUACUUUGCCUUUGUGUAUUUCCUGAAGGUAAUAUUGUUAACUGUUAAUAAACACUCCUGAUACUACAUUUAAGUGUUUGCAGAUUCUGCAAACUAAUUGCUCAUUGUAAUGUUGAAAUAAUUUGGAUAUUUCACAUUGAAAUGAAAAGCCUUUCUCUGGAACAUUUUAGACUUGCAUUUUAAAUGCAUGAAAUGUAAUUGAUUUAUUUGUAAUAUUUUAAAUGGUAUUAAUAAACUCAGAUAAAAGACUAGGUCAGUUAAUUUGUAUUUCUUUUCCCUUUUUAAACUAUGGACAUUUUCAUUUUAUCUUCAGUUAAAUGUCUAAUUUAAACAAAAUAUAGCCCUGUUUGUAUGGUACUAUUUAAGUAAUUGCUGUUAAGAUAUUAGAUGGAAAGAUCUCUUUGGCAAAGCUGUGUUUCCUCUGUAUACCACCAUUACCGUGUCUAAGAAAUACAAUUAUUUACCAGUAGAUUUAGCUCAUAACAUCAGGAUUUACUGACCUUUUAAAAUUUGUGCAAAUUCACAAACAAUUCAAGGAAAUUUCCCAUUCUGCUUCCUUCUCAGUCUCCAGAAGGAGUGUGAUUGUUGGCCAUUGAUUGCAUUUCGUACUUAAAAGGCCAAGCCUUACACUGGAAGAUCAAUACAUCUAAAAUAAAAACAUGGGUUUGGGGAUAACUUUUGUUGUUAGGAGGUGGAGGAGGUCAAGCUAACAAAAGCUUGUUUUGGGCAUUCCAUGUCUUAGCUAAAGAUUAUGUAGAGGUAAAUAUCAGUAGUAGAUUCCUGUUGAAAUGAGUUAUCUGUUCUUUUAAAGUCUCUAAACAGCCACCAAAGAAAGGGAAGGUUAAACCUUUAUCUAUUUACUAGGCUGUUGUUCAUAGGUGUCAUUGAUGCCAAUAAAAAAUAUUGUUAUGUCUAAGUGCAUUUAAGAAAUGGGUGUUCCUUGAGCCAUACUUUAAACAUAAAAUACUUUAAAUGUUGAUUAAUGUUAUAACACUAUUUCACUAUUAGAUUAAUACUAUUAUCUUGAAUCUAAUUGAAUAAAAAGUUAGUGCGUU